AUGUCUUUAGACUUGCAAAAACUUGCCCAAGAGCAGAAAUAUCCUAAAUGGGAACAAACUUCUCAGGAGGUAUUAGAGUCCGCCAAAGAUCUUGCGUCUCGUGAAACCCAAUUGUUUGACCAGAUAGCGAAUGUUUCAAAUCCCAGCAUCAGCAAUACGCUAGAGCCCUUUGGUAGGUUUUUUAACGAAAAUGCCUUUGUUGAAAACCAAAUUACCUUUUACCAAUACGUUUCGAACGACAAGGAAUUGCGAGAUGCGUCAACUGCAGCUGAGGAGAUUUUGGACAAGAACUCCAUAGAGCAAUGGUCGAGGGAGGAUGUGUACAAGACCUUUAAGCAAUUGAGUGAGAAUUUAGCCGAGAAAAGGGCAGAUUCAGAUGCAGAAGAUAAGCGGUAUGUGGACAAGAUUAUCACAGCGUUUAAGAGAAAUGGGUUGGCAUUACCUAAUGACCAAAGAGAAAAAGUUAAGCAAUUGCAAGUGGAGUUGAGUAACUUGAAAGUGCAAUUCUCCAAGAACUUGAAUGAAGACAACGGCUGUAUAUAUUUCACCUUGGAAGAGCUUGAUGGCGUUCCUCAAGAUGUGAUUGGUCAGUAUGAAAAAGACAAUGACAAUGACAAGUAUAGGGUUACAUUUAAAUACCCUGACAUUUUCCCCAUUUUCAAGUACGCUAAGAACUCAAAUACAAGAAAGAGAGCCAAUAUUGCUUAUGGUAAUAGAUGCUCAGAAAAAAAUGAUGAGAUAUUGACAAAGAUUAUCAAGAUUAGAUAUGACAUUGCCAAAGAGUUGGGUUAUGACACAUUUUCUGAUUAUGUUUUGGAGGAAAGGAUGGCUAAAACGAAAAAAACCGUUCUUGACUUUUUGGGUGAUUUGAGGACCAAGUUGAAACCUGUUGCUGAAAAGGAGUUGGAAAAUUUGAAGCUGUUGAAAGCUUCUGACCUAGAAAAACGCCAGUUACAACCAGAGGAUGAAUUUUAUGCUUGGGAUUUCAAUUUUUACAAUGAAAAUUUAUUAGCAGAAAAGUACCAAAUUGACAAUAACAAAAUAGCCGAGUACUUCCCCUUACAGUCAACAAUUGAAAAGAUGUUGGAGUUUUAUGAAAAAAUCUUUGAUAUCAAGUUUGUUAAACUUGAUCCUCAACCAAAUGAAAUUUGGCACAAAGAUGUUCAACAAUUUGCCAUUUUCCAAAAUAUCAAAUUUGGAACCGUGGAGUAUAUGGGGGCCAUCUAUUUUGAUUUGCACCCUAGAGUAGGGAAGUAUGGCCAUGCAGCUAAUUUCGGGUUGGGCCCAGGGUAUUUAAAAGCCGAUGGGAAAACUCGUCGUCAGCCAGUUACAGCAUUAGUUUGUAAUUUUACCAAACCUACAAAGGACAAACCAUCCUUAUUGAAACACGACGAAGUUGUUACCUUUUUCCAUGAAUUGGGGCACGGAAUUCAUUCAAUCUUGGCACAAACCAAGUACUCUAGAUUUCACGGAACAAGCGUCGAAAGAGAUUUCGUUGAAACUCCGUCUCAAAUGUUGGAAUAUUGGUGUUGGUCUAAAAAUGAGAUUAAGAAGUUGUCAUCUCAUUAUGAAACAGGAGAACCUAUAAACGAUGACUUGGUUGAUCAACUUGUUCGUACCAAGCAUGUCAACACAGGAUUAUUUAAUUUGCGUCAAUUGUUUUUUGGCUUGUUUGAUAUGACCGUGCACACUAUCAACAACAAAGAACAAUUGGAGAGCUUGGAUUUGUUCAAAAUUUGGAAUAACUUGAAAGAAGAAGUGACAUUACUUCCUAGCGACAAUAAUCCAACCAAAGGAUAUGCAUCUUUUGGACAUAUUGCCGGUGGAUACGAAAGUGGAUACUACGGCUACUUGUAUUCAUUGGUUUUUGCAGCAGAUAUAUACUACACCCUUUUCAAAAAAGAUCCAAUGAACACAGAAAAUGGAAUAAGGUACAGAGACAUCAUUUUAAGACGUGGAGGAUCGAGAGAUAUCAUGGAGAAUCUAGAGGAGUUAUUGGGCCGAAAACCAAACUCAGAAGCCUUUUUGAAAGAAAUUUUCGGUUAA